AUGGAGCAGCAGGGGCUGGGCCCGGGCCCGAGCCUGAGCCUGGGCCUCGAGUACCAGCAGCUGCCGCGCACACAGCCACACGGAGCGGAGGAGGCGGGAGGCCGGGCCCUGGAGGCCGAGGCCCCGCCGCUUCCAGGCGAGGGCGGGCCGGCCGCCCAAUAUUCGCUGUUCCUGAACCAGGCGGCCGAGUGCCGGGCGGCGGCGGCGGCGGCGGCGGCGGGCGGGGAGGGCGCCGGGCGGGCCGAGCCCGAGAUCUUCGUCGUCUUUAACCUGGCGGGAGAGGCGGAGCUGGAGCUGGGCCGGGAGGGCGAGGCCGAGGCCGAGGCCGGGGUCGGGGUCGGGGUCGGGGCCGGCCCGGGGAUCCACCUGGGCCCAGGCCUGGAGGCCGAGCCGCGGCCUCGAGUGGCUCCGGCGGGCCGCCCGCCGGCUCACCAGAGCCGCCUGCUGCUGGAGGCGGAGGAGCCGCCGCCGCCGCCGCCGCCGCCUCUGCCGCCCCCUCCCGAGGGCCCCGGGCUCCUGCUGGAGCCGCCCCCGGCCCCUCUCCUCAGCCCGGCCGACAACCCGCCCGGCCUCCCCGGGGAAAGGGCCGGGGCCUCGGCCUCUCCUGGCGGCCUGUCCGGCACCAUCACCAUCAACAACCGCAACCUGGUGGUGCGGAUCGAGAACGGCCUCCUGAUCGUGGCGGCACCGGGACCGGGCCCGGGGGACGGGGAGGCCGCGGCGGGGGGCCCGGCCGGGGAGGAGGCCUCCCAGGCCCAGGCCCAGGCCCAGGCCCAAAUCCAGCCGCCGGCCGCGGCCUACGCCGACCCGGCCACCCCGCGGCUCGAGGAGCUGCCGCCGCCGCCGCCGCCGAGGAGGAGGAGGAGGCCUCCGCCGCCCUCGGGCCUGGAGGAGGAGGAGGAGGAGGAGGAGGAGGAGGAGGCGGGCGGCGUCGGGCUGGAGUGCGGGGCCGGGCCGGCGGUGGGCGCCUCGUACGGGGACCUGAUCCUGACCGAGAGCGGGGACGUGCUGAUGAAGCUGUCGGAGGGCCUGGGCCUGGGCCUGGGCCGCGGCAAGGCCUCGGGCUCGCUGUACCCCUGCCCCGAGCACGACUGCCGGGAGGCCUUCGACAAGAAGCACCGGCUGAAGGUGCACCUGCUGUCGCACAGCCCGCGGCCCUUCCGCUGCUCGGUGCCCGGCUGCGAGUGGGCCUUCACCACCUCCUACAAGCUCAAGCGCCACCUGCACUCCCACGGCAAGCUGCGGCCCUUCGGCUGCCAGGCCGAGCGCUGCGGCAAGCGCUUCACCACCGUCUACAACCUCAAGGCCCACAUGAAGGCCCACGUCCAGGAGCUGGCCUUCGUCUGCGAGGUCUGCUCGCAGCCCUUCGCCACCGCCCUCAAGCUCAGCGGGCACCGCCGCAGCCACUUCGAGCCCCAGCGGCCCUUCAAGUGCGACGUCCCGGGUUGCGAGAAGACAUUCAUCACCAUCAGUGCCCUCGGAUCUCACAAUCGUUCCCACUUCCGAGAUCAGGAGCACUUCACCUGUUCUUUCCCAGGCUGUGACAAACGUUAUGACAAAGCCUGCCGCUUGAAGAUUCACCUGAGAAGCCACACGGGUGAAAGACCCUUUAUAUGUGACUUCGAUGGCUGUGGCUGGUCGUUCACCUGCAUGUCAAAAUUACUACGACAUAAAAGGACCCACGAAGAUGAUCGGAGGUUUGUCUGUCCUGUGGAUGGCUGUGGAAAAUCAUUCACGAGGGCAGAGCACCUGAAAGGGCACAGCAUCACUCACCUCGGCACGAGGCCGUUUGUUUGUCCUGUUGAAGGUUGUGAAGCUCGAUUCUCAGCGCGGAGCAGCUUGUACAUCCACUCCAAGAAACACCUGGAAGAUGCGGACAAGGUGAAAACACGCUGCCCUCUCUCCAACUGCAGCAAGCUCUUCAACUCUAAGCACAGCAUCAAGACCCACAUGAUGAAGCAGCACAAUAUCAGCCCUGAUUUGUUCUCCCAGUUGGAGAUGACGGGCUCCUUGACCCCAAGCAGUGAGCUGACCAGUCCAAGCCAAGGCGACCUCAGCAACGUGGACAUUGCAUCGCUCUUCACCACUGUCCCUGUCAAUCCAGUCAGCAUCUCACCGGACAUAUCGCUCGUGAGCUCUGGAAUCCUGACAAUUGACGCUGCCUCUGUGGGAUCCACUCUUGGAGGGGCGGUUUCUGUUAGCAGCAACGCCAUGGCGCAAGCCUCAGACCCUCUUAUAGUUGCCACCACGGAUAUGUCACACACCAUAGACAGCACUCUGGGCCUCACUGCUGGCGUCUUGCAGCAAAAUAGCUUGAAUUUAGAAGGUGUGCAGCCAGUCAGUACGGAGGCCCUGGGGUCCCUGAGCUCCCUGUCAAUGCGGUCUGUGGGGACCUGUCAGGAACUGCAGGGACUGUCAUCCAGUGGAGCCCUGACCCCUUCCUGCAGCCUGGGGGCAAGCCACGUCCCAGAACUGUUGACUCCAACUAAAGUGGAACGGCACGUGCUGAGUGUGUCCGAUAUGAUGAGCCAGCAGGAGACGGGCAAGGUGGUCACUCAGUUUGUCUUCUCCAGUUUAAACCCUCCGACUGGCAACUUCAGCGCACAGAAAGAACUAGAGUUAAACAUGGUGCCCUGCUGCCCUUUUCUGGAAAGCGGGGGAUCGGCUAGGACAGAUUACAGAGCUAUACAGCUUGCUAAGAAGAGGAAACAGAAAGGAGUUGGAGGCAGCACAGAGAAUGCCAACAGUGCCGGACAAAGGAAGAAAGCCAACAGGGGACAGUCCACGCCAUCCACUGCUGUGAGCCAGAACUGUCGCUUCAGUAAUGUUAUAAUGCCCACUGGUGGCCUGACGAUCCGUGACCCGACUACGGGAGCUCCUUACGUCCAGACCCAGCUAUUGCAGGAUGAUCCGUCAGGAGAUGGGGAUCUGGCCUUCCAGCUCACAGCACAGUCUACAACGUCUCAUUCACAGCUCACUGUUGAUCUUCCUGUCAAUAUUCUACAGGAGCCUCACCCAUCAGUUGAAGAUGACAGUACUGGCAAUUCCCAGUUUACUGGAAGCACUAUAAAUCUUCAGGACUUGGAGUAACAUAAUCAGAAAAGCUAACAGUGGGAUUCAGGUCCAGCUGAUGAAAUUUGCACUUCCUACAGAGCCAGACACAGCCCAGGAACUGGGAGGUUCAGACUGUGGUUCUGGGACAUGUUGGGGGGGCCCAAUGUUGGAAAUCACAAAAUCAUAAUAAUGGUUUAACUGUGCUGCUGAAAGUGCGAUUUCCUCGAGACCACAGGCUGCGAUUCCAUACCCAGAAUCUGGGGACCCACUGAAACCUGAGCUUUGAAUUUUAGGCUCCUGGAAUUUGCAGCUUUGUGGGGGGCUGUCUGCUGCUGGAGGAACGAGAAAAACCUGGCAUGUCGAGUCUGGGUUUAAGCUUCCCCUUUCGCAAUGGUAACUAGUGGGAAAAGGCUGCAAUUCUAAAGUUAACAUGAGGGCUGUGUAAUUUAGAUUCUUUUCCCUCAGAGGGGUGGAGGGAGCGCUUCUGUAAAUCAUUACUGCCCUUCAUUUACAUACUUUUUCUCUCCUUUUUCAAACACGGAUGGUUUCUAAACAUAUGUAGCUAUCAAGGCAACAAAGCUUAACUGAUCUCUGAGAGGUGUGCAUUGGACUUUUAUAUUUCUUUCUACAUCUGCCUUAAAGAGGUGGCCUGGGAUCAGCUGGGGAUGGAAUAUAGCAUCUCAAUAAAACUUACUGGACAGUGUCCGAUUCCUGCUGUUCCAAUCUGAGCUGUCAAAUCUCUAACUGACUGAACUAUACCACAGUGUGCACGGGAUACAGAGCCUCAUUUCUUAAGUUCACUGCUGAGAUUUUGAAACUAAAAAUCUAUUAAGCCUCCUCCCAGGUCCAAUUACAAGGAGGCCUGUGUUGCAUUCUAAAAAUGGAGUGGCAUAGACGUCAGUGAGUAACUGUGGCCUGGCUCUGGAGAUCACUGGCGGCCAUUAAUGCACCUUAUCUGGCCCCCGCCCCCCCCCGCCCUCCGUGUUGGCUGGCGUGAGAUUGUGUAAGAAUGACUGCAUAUUAGCAGAGAUGCUUGGAUCACAAGUUACGAUGGGGUGAUUGAGUCUGGGGAGCGUGUCUAAAGUCUGUCACGUUCUGGGUGAGUAAGUCUGGGGAGUGUGUAUAAAGUCCAUCUCAUCAUUCUCUGCUCUCUGGACACUUUGUCAGGGAAUGUGAACUUUCUGCUGUGGUGGCUUUGUCACCACAAACCUUGCCUCCUUAACACGAAGUUUAAAUAUGUAUAUUUUAAAUGUUUUUAUAUUGUACAGUAUGUAUAUUUAUUUAUUCUUUUGUACAUUUCUAAAGAAUAUUUGUUGUGGGAGGAGAUUUUGAGUGAGCAGAUAUGGUUGAAUUUGCACUCAUUUCUACUGCCUUUGCAUAAAUUACACACCAUGAAGGCAGUGAAAUUCGGUGGGGUGGGGGUGGGGGGUGGGUUGGUGCAUUUACUGAGCAUUAAAUCUCGGUCAGGAUAGAAAUGGACUCUUGACAACUUUUAAUUUUCACAAUUAAACGGUUGGGAGAGGGAGGGGAAAAUACUGCUCCAUUUCUUGCUUCGAUGAAACCGGUUCCUACACAGACCCUGUAUGUUCUGUGUACAACUGCAAGUGUUAAAACUACUUAACGGCCUGGUUAAUGCUUAAGAUUUUGAAACUUAAAACUUCCUAUAAUUUGUUUGUCCGCGUUGUGGGUUGAGCAGUCUGGCCCAAACUCAUGCAAGGCAGCAUAUUUAUAUUAAAAGAAAAUGGAAUUUU